CGGCGUUGAACAGUAUGACAAGGCGUUGGUCCAUCAUACGAGCUCUGAUCGCUCUGAUUAGGAACAAAAUCUUAUUGAGCAGAAGCGAAGUCGAAGCUAUACUCAGUCGUUAUAAGCUUCCGCUUUCUUGCAGACAGUCCCGGCUCCGAGGUUCGGCAUCGUCCUCGCCGAUGUGAACACGCGUUUAUCGGCCAUAUGCUUCUGUCAUUGGAUGAUGAUCACGGAGAUCAGAGAUCACGAAGAUGAUGUUCAGAUGGCAUCAAGCUUCAUUUUCGAUCUCGAUGGUCGACCCCCUGACACAUCUAAAACAAAGUCUGCAUGGAACGCGCCUACAAGCGAUUUCGCAUUCGUAUGGAAACUGCCCGACCUUGACGCCUAUCAAACGGCCAAUCCAGCUUGACAUGACGCUGGCCCGCUCAGCUCAAACAACCGGGGUCAUUGUCGCUCGAAGCGCUUCUCUCGGACACUCGACAAAGCCCUUAGCUGCUAUGCGGUUCAACAGCACAUCCACCCUCGCAUCACCCUCUCCUGCUACCACUACGAUCCCCGCUUCGACCUCACCCCCUAUCCUCCCCGUCCUCAUAGCAGGUGCAGGCCUAGGCGGACUCGCACUAGCCAACUCCCUCUCCCGCGCCCGGAUCCCGUAUCUGGUAUUAGAGCGCGACUCUGACUUGCACGGUCGAGCUCAGGGGUACCGGAUCGCCCUAGACGGGGGAGGAGCCGGUAACAAGGGGGGUGCUGAUGGGCUGCGUGCGGUGCUGAGCGAGGGGAAGUUUGAGGUCUUUGAGAAGACUUGUGGGGAAGAGUGUGGAGCGUCCGGGAGGGUGGAGGCGAAGAGCGGGAGGUUGGAAGCGAAGGGGAUCUGGGGGAUGUUAGGUACGGGCGGGUUUGGGUUGGUCUGGGCUUUGUUGAGGCGGGUGGUGGGCAGGAAGUGGGACGGGGGUAGGGGAAUAUGGAGGGUGUUUUCUCCUGGUCUCACCACUGUCACUGUUGACCUGAAAAUUCCGAAGAGCAAAUCCACAGCGUACCAGAUCGACCGCCGUGUCGUCCGCUCAAUCUUGCUCGGACCCGAGAUCGCCCCCCAUGUCAAGUAUUCCGCCAAGGUCAAGUCGUAUACCGUCCACGAUGACUCGGUCGAGGCUCAUUUAGCGAGCGGCGAGUCUGUGCAAGGGUCUUUACUAGUAGGAGCAGACGGUAUCCGAUCCAACAUCGCCGCACAGCUUUUCGCGUCAGCCGACAUCCCCGCCGAGCGCACUCGGACGCUCGACCUGGGCGUACGGAUCGUCUAUGGCAAGGCGCCACUCACGCCUCAGCUGUUGGAACGGAUGAAUAAAGGCCUGCACAAGGGCAUGGCUUUCAUCGUGGACUCGGUCAAGCUGCCGCCGAAGGAGAGGGUGAUGGUGGUCGUCAAGACCAUGAACUUUGACCACAACAUCUCCACGGCAGACAAGGUCAAAGCUGGAGCGGGAGAAGUGCAGACGCCAGAAGAUUACGUGUUCUUCGCGAUGGUCUCCCGGAAAGAACUCUGGCAGGACGCUCUGAAACGCAUGUCACCCGCAUCUGCCGUCAUAGAGAAGGAGAAGGAAGCGGAACAUGAUACAGACGACCGUCUGGUCCGCCUGACGGGUCAGAGCGCCAAAGACCUCUCGCUGUUCGUCGCGCGAGAACGCUCAUGGGAGCCUUCCGUCCUCGCUCUGCUAGAAGGACAAGACGCCUCGCAAACGGCCGUCCUGCGUACCACCUCGUCAGACCCCGCCGGACCGCCUUUGUGGGAGACUAAUGAGCGCGUAACACUUUUAGGUGAUGCGGUGCAUUGUAUGCCGCCUACGGGUGGGCAAGGUGGGAAUAUGGCGCUUUGGGACGGGGCGCUGCUAGGGCAAGAAUUGGCAGACGAGUGGGAGACGAAGUGGGCUGCUCGGAUGUCGUUAUCGGAAGACGAGCAAAAAGCAGGAGAGCUCGGAUGGAAGUGGAGUCGAGGUACGAUCAGGCGAUACGAGGACUCGAUGAGGGCGCACACGGGGGAUAUCGUUGCGAUGGCGUGUAUCGGUGCGACAUAUCUAUUUGGGGGCGAAGAGGUGUGGCGGUGACGGUCGGAUAGAAAUUGCUACCCGAUGAACGUCUCGGUGGUGGCCAAGCAGGCCCAGCUUAGUAUUGGUUUCACGUUUGAUAAUAAUGUCUCUACCGCUAGCUAAGUAAGGUAACGUGUAAUUGGCGACUGUAUCGAAUGUACUGAAGACGAACGAUGUAUGAAGACUUCCUCUAACGCGA